UGAGAGACAGCUGUUUGUGCUGAAUGUGUGAUCGGAUCAUGCUGUGGACGACCGCUCUCUGUCUGUGUCUGUGCGUUCGGUCUCUGGCGGGUUACGUUCCAGCACACGGGCGUCUGAGUGCAGACAAACUGCUGCUCGUCUCCUUUGACGGCUUCAGGUGGGACUAUGACAGGGAUGUGGACAGGCCGCACCUGGACGCCAUGGCGAAGGACGGGGUCAAAGCCACAUACGUGACACCUGCAUUCCUCACUGCCACCAGCCCGCCACACUUCACCAUCCUGACACGUAAAUACACUGAGAAUCACGGCGUCAUUCACAACAUGUGGUUUAACAGCAGCACCUGCGAGAAGAAAUCCUACUACAAGUCCCAGUUUGUGAAUGCGUGGUGGGACAAUGGGAGUUUGCCUAUCACGGCUCAGAGACAGAACUACAGCAGCAAGCAGUAA